AUGACUUCUGAUCAACUGCACCCUAAUCAUGAGAAUGGCACUGAGCCAGCCUCCCAAGAAUCCAUUUGCGAGUCCAAGGUGUAUCACCAUACUAAGAACAAAGAUGGCAGAGACCAAUGCAAAGAACAGCUUCAGGACUCUGAGCCAACAAAGAACUCUGAAGACGACGAGGACAGCCCAUAUGCCUUGAUUGUCAGAAGACGAUUUUCGGAGAAGCGAGAAGUCGAGUCAACUUCAGUAUGCAUCAACUCGCCACUGAUUCAUAAAGCUUUUCAAGAUGUCAUCGGCUCCUACCCAACGGUUGCAUCAGAUUUCAAGAGCUCUUUCAAGCUUGAGAGCCCAUUUCAAAUCCUUCUGCACUACUGGGAUCCUCUAGAAGCCUACCGAGAUGAGGCCGAAUCUCCUCGGAUGCGGCAACACCUCAACUUACUCUUCCGUUUCAUGGAAGAAGAAAUGGGUCCCGAGAGACGCACCCUCCAGCAUAUGCUCCAGAAACAAAUGAUCACCUUUAAGCAGGCAUGGGUAAUCUACCGUCCUGGAGAUCUUGUUGUCAGUGAAGUUCUGGGAAAGUCGUGGUUAUCGCGCGUGAAAAAAGUGUCUUAUGGGACAAGCCGAAACCGAGGACCAUACGUGACAAUUCAUAUGAAAUACUGCGACGCCAAUGACGACGCGAUUGGGGAAGCCCAACGAUCUACGAACAUCUUCCAGAGUGAUUACUUUGCGUCAGACCAUCCAGCCAAGAUCAAAAGACUUCCCGUUUAUCCACGAAAGUUCUGUGACCGUGGCCCGAACCUGGAAAUCGAGCUUCUUGAGCGAGGCAAGAAGUUCAUCACCAAUCGUGGGAUAUUGACCAAAGACUAUGAUGGCAUCGCAGAGUGGCUGAAAGAGCCUCCAGUCGACUUCUUUGAUCCCAAUAUGGCAAACUAUCCGCCUAUCUGGCUACCAUUCACGGAAACCGGACGUGUCGUACUUGAUCGCAAGACGUUCGAAGAAGACAAUUAUAGCCACGUUACCAUGAUUGAAGAGGUUGAUGAUCCGGAACUUUUCCUCUGCCCGCCAUAUGCUCUGGGGUACUCAACUGGCCGAAAGGAGUGGUGCCGCUAUCUAGUGGAUAAUCUGCGAGAUGUGACAUGGAAGGAGAACGCAUGGUCGUCACUGAUUCUUGACCAGGAACAAAAGCAGGUCUUGAAAGCUCUUGUCAUGUCACACAAACACCCAGAGAGAGUCAGGAGCCUGUCAGAACAGAAGGGCAAAGGACUGGUGGUUCUUCUGCAUGGAACUCCUGGUUCCGGUAAAACGCUCUCUGCAGAAACAGCAGCCGAGAUGUCUAAGAAAGCUCUUUUGUCCACAAGCAUGAGCGAGCUUAACAGAUAUGACAGAGCCUAUGCCUUCGAACACAGGCUCAAACAGAUUCUACAGUACGCCACAACCUGGAACGCCAUCAUCUUAUUCGACGAAGCCGACGUCUUCCUCGAGAGCCGAGACUUGACUUCCAGUAGCACUACUCGUACCGCACUUGUGGCCGUAUUUCUCAAACACCUCGAAUAUUUCUCAGGCAUUGUCUUUCUGACGACGAACCGCCUCAGCAGCAUAGAUGCUGCGAUGAAGUCCCGCAUCCACCUGUCGCUUUCAUUCGGUCCUCCCGAGGCAGAGGUUCGCCGCCAGAUCUGGAAACAGAACCUUGAAGCUGUCCCCAUCGACGAGACAGAGAUUGGUGGGGAGGAAUUAAGUAGCAAGGCAGCCGAGGACUUGAUACAUCAUAAGCUUAACGGACGUGAAAUAUCCAAUGCUCUAAAUACAGCGAGAACCCUUGCGAGAUUUGAGGAGGUCAAGCUGAGUUUGCAGCACAUUGAGACGGUACUCAAAGUUGGGCAGACAUUUGGGAAGCAUAUAGGAGCUUGA